GCCCAAACGAUUCACAUGGAGAACACAAGCAAUGUGAAGGAAUUCAUUCUUCUGGGCCUCUCAGAGAAUCAAGGGGUGCAGAAAAUAUGUUUUGUGAUGUUCCUCUUCUUCUACACGAUUAUUGUGUCAGGAAAUCUGCUCAUCGUUAUCACUGUAACUAGCAGUCAGCGUCUGAACUCUCCCAUGUAUUUCUUCCUCUGCUACCUGUCCUUUGUAGAUAUCUGUUACUCUUCUGUCACAGCUCCCAAAAUGAUUGCUGACUUUCUUGUUGAAAAUAAAACCAUCUCCUUUGUGGGCUGCAUCACACAGCUCUUUGGGGUCCAUUUCUUCGGCUGCACGGAGAUCUUCAUCCUCACAGUGAUGGCCUAUGAUCGCUAUGUUGCCAUCUGCAGACCUCUCCACUACACCACCCUCAUGACCAGGCGUACGUGUGGCCGGAUGGUGCUCGGCUCCUGGGUAGGAGGCUUCGUGCACUCCACAGUGCAGACCCUUCUAACCACUCAACUUCCCUUCUGUGGCCCAAAUAAAAUUGACCACUACUUCUGUGAUGUCCACCCUCUACUACAACUGGCCUGUACCGACACCUAUGCCGUGGGUAUCAUUGUUGCUGCUGGUGGAGCGAUAGCUCUGAGCUGCUUCUUCAUCCUGGUCAUGUCCUACAUAGUCAUCUUGGUCUCCUUGAAAAGUCAAACAUACGAAGGGCGACAAAAGGCCCUCUCCACCUGCGGGUCCCAUAUCACUGUGGUGAUACUGUUCUUUGGGCCAUGUACGUUUGUCUACAUACGUCCAUCCAGCAACCUCCUGGAGGACAAGAGCGUGGCAGUGUUUUACACUGUCAUCACACCCAUGUUGAACCCACUCAUCUACACACUGAGAAAUGAGGAGGUGAAGAGUGCCAUGAAAAAACUGUGGAGUAAAAAAUUAGGAAGUGAAGUUGGAAAGAUGUAG